UCCUUUUCUUUUCAAUUGAAACUUGAAAACCUCAAUUUCUUAAAUUUCCAUCUUCUUCUCUAAAUUUCUUUUGUUGAAAAAGAAAAUCUGAUUCAUUCAAUUUGAAAUUCUUCAAUGUUUCACAAUUCCAAAAGCUCCGAUCGUCGGAUUCUGACUUUUCCGGCGGUUCAUCCCUGCGAAGCAAUUUCCCCGGCGACUCUCUUGGCUUCCUUGAUCGAUCUCUGCCGUCAAAUAUGCAAUCAUCAAACGAAAACUUUCGUAACCCAGAAACGAAACGCCCGAGAAACGAUUCGACAAAUGGGAAUUUUAUUGAUAUUCUUCGAGGAGCUUCGCGACAUGUCGUCCAAUCUUCCGGAUUCUGUCGUGCUCUGUUUUUCAGAACUUCACCUAACGUCUCAGAAAAUAUUGUUCUUGUUUGAAGAUUGCUCGCGUUCUAAUGCGAAGGUUUGGAUGUUAACGAAGUCCCAAUUCGUCGCUACUCAGUUUUGGGUUCUGAUUCGAGCACUCGCUACGGCUCUCGAUGUGUUGCCGUUGAAUCGGAUUGAUACGAGUGAUGAAGUGAAGGAAUUGGUUGAAUUAGUUGUGAAACAGGCACGAAUUGCGAAAUUUGGUUUGGAUAAAGAUGAUGAAUUGAUGAUGAAGCGUCUUCAAUCGAUUUUGCUGCAAUUUGAAAAGGGGAUUGAGCCGGAUUUAACCGCCAUUAAACGGGUUCUUGAUUACCUUGAAAUUCGAAGGUGGAGUGAUUGUAAUAAAGAGAUAAAAUUCUUGGAAGAAGAGAUUGAUUUUCAGUAUUCGGAUUUGAAAGAACGAGAUGUUCAGAUUUUGAGUAGUUUGGUGGGUCUUAUGAGCUACAGCAGAGUAACUCUGUUUGAAGCUCUGGAUUUUCGGGACAAAUAUCAAGUGGAAUUCAAAUGCAAUCCCGAGAUUCUUAGCUGUUUAAACCCAGAAGAUUUUCGAUGCCCAAUUUCUCUUGAACUUAUGAUCGAUCCUGUUACUGUAUCCACUGGACAGACUUACGAUCGAGCUUCGAUUCAGAAAUGGCUUUCCGCCGGAAAUUUCAUCUGCCCCAAAACAGGGGAGAGGCUCACAAGCUUAGAACUGGUUCCAAAUUCGAGUCUCAAAAAGUUGAUCAACCAAUUUUGUGCCGAUAAUGGAAUUUCCUUGGCCAAAUUCAACACCCGAUCUCAUGAUAUAACUCGAACUAUAAUUCCGGGAAGUCUGGUCACCGCGGAAGCGAUAAAAUUUACAUCGGAGUUUCUUCUCCGGCGACUGGUUUUUGGAACGAGUACGGAGAAGAACAAAGCGGCGUAUGAGAUUCGUUUGUUGGCGAAAUCGAACAUCUUCAAUCGGUCUUGUUUGAUUAAAGCGGGUACAAUUCCCCCAUUGUUGAAUCUUCUCUCGUCUUUCGACAAAUCCACGCAAGAAAACGCCAUUGCUGCAGUGUUGAAACUUUCAAAGCAUUCGACUGGGAAGAUUUUGGUGGUGGAAAAUGGAGGAUUAAUGCCGAUUCUCUCUGUUUUAAAAUCUGGGUUUUGCUUAGAAUCUCGUCAAUUAGCGGCCGCCACAUUAUUCUACCUCUCGUCAGUGAAGGAAUACCGGAAACUGAUCGGCGAAAUUCCGGACGCCAUUACAGGUCUUAUCGAGCUCAUCAAGGAAGGAACAACUUGCGGGAAAAAAAACGCAGUAGUCGCCAUUUUCGGACUCUUACUCUGUCCGAAAAACAACAAAACCGUUCUUAAUUCCGGCGCCGUUCCAAUUCUUCUCGACAUAAUCGCCACCUCCGACAACAGCGAGUUGAUUUCCGAUUCACUUGCCGUAAUAGCAGCGUUGGCUGAGAGUACAGAAGGAAGCAAUGCGAUUCUUCAAGCCUCGGCUCUGCCUCUGCUUAUGAGGACUCUGAAUUCCGCAAGUUUGUCGGCCGGAAAAGAGUACUGCGUUUCGGCGCUACGUUCUCUGUGCAGCCACGGCGGCGAGGAGGUGGUGGCGGCGCUGGCCGGAGAUCGGUCCGUUGCGGGGUCGCUUUAUUCGGUGUUGACGGAGGGAAAUGCGGCGGCGGCGAAGAAGGCGCGGUCGUUGUUGAAGAUUUUGCAUAAGUUUAGGGAAAACGAUGUGGCGGUGAACUCGGCGGUGGAUCGAGAACGAUCUGUUCAUGUUUGGUAAUUAGGUUAGAAAAAUUGGAUCAUAAAUGAUUAGAGAUUUUAAUUGUUUUGUUAAUUUUUGGUAUUUUUGUUGUUCAUUUUAGAAAUUGAGCUCGGUUUUUAAAAGAGCUCGUUUGCUUUAGUUUGGGUAGAGAUAUAAAAUAGUGGUAUAUACUUGUAUAUAAAACCAUACUUUAAAUUGAGAAAUAUAUAGUUCAUUAAAUAUUUUUGGACAUUGUAAAUGUGUAACAUCAUAUAUAUAUAUGUAAUGUGUGUUGGAUA